GUUCGGGCUGAGUUGGGACGGUCCAGAUUUGGCGGGAAACGCGCGCGUUGUCCGGUGACUAUUUGCUCGCGCCGCUCGUCGCGAGCGUAUAAAAAUUCUUAUUGUUUUGCAUUGCGGUUUUCACAUUUUUUUUAAGUUAAUGUUAAAGUUUUUAAUCCAACUACAUUUUUAAGUUAGCUAUAAUCGGCGCCCUUGGUAAGAUUUGUAGCAAGCCAAAACCUUGUGAGUCGUGACGAAACCCCCUUAGGCCCCGGUUGCAUAAAGCGUGGCGGGAAUUUAAAACGUUCGUUAAAAUAAACGUCUUCAAGUCUAAUUCUUUUCGCAAAACAAAUCCCCGUUUUAUACACACUGCAAUCUUCAUCUACACGCGCUAUGAACGGUGAACUAAGCGUGAUACAGAGAAGCACCUCUCCCAACAAACCCAAGCCCAACGAAUCGGACCCACCAGAAGGCACGCACAUCGUCACAAUGGACGAAGGAAACUCAGCCAACAUUGCUGUGGGUGACAUCGUCAUCUCACAGAGCAUGCUGGAUGAGGAGAAGAAACUUGAGAAAGAGGGUGAUGAGCAGGAGGAGAAGCUCAUGAAGAAGCAACACGAGGCAUGGAAGAAGCGCUCGCAGGAGAUGGGCUUCCGUCGGCUGCAGCAUCUUCUUGAAAAGAGCAACAUCUACUCCAACUUUCUCCUGACUCGCAUGGAGGCCCAGCAAGCAGAGGCCCAGAAGAUAAAGGAAAAGUCGGACCUCAAGUUGGCAAAGAAAAGGAAAUUGGAGCAGGCUGGAGGAAAGGAGAAAACUGCAUCUACCCCAACUGCAUCUCCCCAAAAAUCAAAGAAAAGGUCAAAGGACAAAGUCUGUGGAAUAUCUGACUUCAUCAGCAAGGAGGAUAUCGAGACGUUCAGCAAGAAGAGAAAAGUUGAGAGUGAUGCGGCCCUUGGUGAAGCUUCCUUGCCAAAGAGUGACGUGGAGUCCAACGGCGUGAUUCGAGAACGCCUUGGCCAGGUUGUGCGACAGAACGCUGCACAAAUGUGGCACCCCAACCGCAUGAUCAACGGGCAGAAGGUGCCCUUCCACCAGCCACGCCUCUUCACUGGCGGCAUCAUGAGGAGCUACCAGGUGGAGGGCAUGGAGUGGCUGAGGAUCCUGUGGGAGAACGGCAUCAAUGGGAUUUUGGCGGACGAGAUGGGGCUUGGCAAAACAGUGCAGUGCAUUGCCACGGUGGCUCUGAUGGUGGAGAGCAGUGUGAUGGGCCCCUUCUUGGUGGUGGCGCCACUCUCCACUCUGCCAAACUGGAUUUCGGAGUUCAAGCGUUUCACCCCCAAGAUCCCGGUGAUGCUAUACCAUGGCUCUGCCGACGAGCGGCGCUUGCUGCGUCCCAAGAUCGCCAAGAAGCAGGGAGAACUGAAUAUCUGCCCUGUCAUUGUCACCUCGUACGAAAUUGCCAUGAUUGACGCCAAGUAUCUGCAGACAGUUUACUGGAAAUAUCUCAUGCUCGAUGAAGGCCACCGGAUCAAGAACCUAAACUGCCGGCUGAUCCGAGAACUCAAGCGCUACCACAGCGAAAACAAGCUUCUUCUCACAGGCACGCCGCUACAGAACAACCUGGCAGAGCUUUGGUCCUUGCUGAACUUUUUGCUGCCCGAAGUCUUCGAUGACCUGAAAAGCUUCGAGACAUGGUUCGAUGUGUCAAACCUCUGUGGUAGCGUGGAGGAGAUUGUGGCAAAGGAACAACAGGAGCAAGUUCUUCACAUGCUACACCAGAUCCUGACGCCGUUCCUGCUGCGACGCCUCAAAGCAGAUGUCACCAUUGAUGUGCCACCCAAGCGAGAGGUCCUUGUGUAUGCACCACUCACCGCGGCACAGGAUCGCCUCUACAAGGCCAUUGUGAACAAAACCAUCAGGAGCGUUCUCAACCCCAAGCCGUUUUUGCAGGAAGUCCAGCCUGAGCAGAAGACCCCAAAUGGACGGCCCAGGCGGCACAUACGCAAAGAGAUCAACUACGCCGAGUUGAAUGACAGUGUCAACAGCAUCGAUAAUUUGGAGGAGCUGAUCGCGAGGCAGGCACAGGAGGAAGAACAAUACAAGAUCAAAGUCGACUGGGCACCACAGAAGUCAGAGUUGAACGUGCAGCUUUCUAACAUUUUGAUGAUGCUGCGGAAAUGCUGCAACCACCCGUAUCUCAUCGAGUAUCCCCUCACUGCAGAUCGAGAGUUCAAGGUGGAUGAGAAUCUCGUGAAAAGCUCUGGAAAGUUGCUGCUGCUCGACCGGAUUUUGCCAGAACUCAGGCAACGCGGGCACAAGGUGCUCAUCUUCUCCCAGAUGGUCGUCAUGCUGGAAAUCCUCAUGGAUUACUGCUACCUUCGCAAGUUCCACUUCAGCCGGCUCGAUGGGAGCAUGAAAUACUCGGAGCGUGAGGAAAAUAUGCACAAGUUCAACACAGACCCAGAUGUUUUUAUCUUCCUGCUGAGCACGAGGGCUGGUGGCCUGGGUAUCAACCUCACAGCAGCCGACACGGUCAUCAUUUACGACAGCGACUGGAACCCACAGGUGGACUUGCAAGCACAAGAUCGCUGCCACCGCAUCGGACAGACGCGACCUGUAGUCGUGUACCGCAUGGUGACAGCCAACACGGUGGACCAGCGCAUCGUGGAGCGUGCCGGCGAGAAGCGGCGGCUCGAGAAGCUAGUCAUCCACAACAAACAAUUCAAAGGUGGCCAGAAGGGCAUGACGCAGGUGAAAAACAGCCUUGACCCACAGGAGCUCAUCGAGCUGCUGAAGUGCCCAGAUCACCAACGAGUGGUGGAGGGGUCUGUGAUUAGUGACAAGAAUCUGGAUCUUCUAUUGGACCGCAGCGACCUUGUUGCAGGAAAAAGUGAAGAGGACACAAGCAAACAGGCGAUGGGUGUGUUCAAAGUUGUAAAUACAAGCAACAGAUGUGACAUGGAACUCAGGAUAUCGGGUCUUUGAAGUUUUGUGAAUGUACUAUAUGCGAAAACUGGAAACAUUUGGUUUUUGAGGUGUGGUGUACUAUCCAACUCUUGAUUGUAUAUUUGGUAUGUGAAUACGCAUUGGCAUAUGACUGAAGUUAAGGAAGACUACAACGUUUAUUGCCUCUGAUUUUCCAAAGUCAGGUGACACGUCCAGAUGGAGUAACUGAAUUGUAAUGGCAGUGACUUCAUCGGUGCGUUUUCCACCAGACAGGUGGCAUAUCGAGUACGGCUUAUCAUAAGACUGAUCUGGCGGAAUCCCAGUACUGUUGCCUAUUUCAAUUAUGAAUCCACAUGCACGUGUUACCUGAGACUGAAACGCCAGAGGCAGACCUUGUAAGCUCCCUGAACAGGGUCCACAUGACGUCAAUGUGCGCCUGACAUUGCAAGCUCCUUGGCGCCAUUACAUUUACAUAUUGUUACCAUAUGCAUGCAUGUGCACGUUAUAGGUUGUGUAGGGUGGUGGACAUUUUUGGCUAAAACAGUAUUGUGCAGGUUUUCUCAAGUAUUGUAUUCGACAUGUGAUUUACAGUCCUAUUUGCACACUUCUCAAAACUUGAAAAUAUUAAAGGGUUCUCUAUCAAGUACGAUUCCUGACAAUAGUGUUAUCAAACAUGAUUGCUGUUGAUCUAAGACACAUACAACUAUCAAUAGCACACCUGGGAUCAGAUCUGUUGCUGCAAGUGAAACCAAGUUUUCCUGAUAACUUUAUUACUGUUGUCACAUGUUUUGUCCAUGAUGCACCACCAUUUACCCUGACAGUAAACAUUGAUAAUUUACAUUUGUUGUGUUAAACGAAAUGGCAGGGAUUUAGGGUCUGAUAAACACCCUCCGAGUACAUAGGUUGCAUACGAACUGUUUGUUUUUUCAUGUGACUUUCUUGGCGGUAUAUUUUCUUCAAGCGGCUUGAAAACAUUGCCACUUUGGCUUGUGCUUGCAGAGUGAUAAAUUGUGACUCGGCAUCUCUUAGAGCAUUCCUACUUACGUGCUAACUAUAUGUUGUCCAUGUUUAAAGAGCUUUUUUUAAUUGAGGCUUCAUAAUUCUGUAGAUAUGCUUAUCUGUGGUUGUGGGCAGCAUUUUGCUGAAUGCAUGACAAUAAGAAUAUAGUUUACCAAAUUACUUCCAAAUGUGCUUUGAGGCACAGUGCUAUGAGAAGAAUUAACACUUGUGUACCCUAGCAGAGCAAUAGGAGUACGACCUCCAGAAAGAUUCCUAGAAAUGCUUAAACACCCUGAAAGCGAUCUUUACACACUAGAGGGCACACUAUCACACCUUGCUACAAAAAAAUGUUAUGGUCGACAAACAUACAUUUCUUUAGUUCUCAGGGCUGGUAUUCAGCCAAAUUCAUUAAAUAAUUAAUGGAUGCAUAUUUGUUUGGUUGUGACCAGCCUGGUGGGUCAAUCGUGCAUUUGAACCCAGAACAUUGGUGAUGCCAGCUUAGUUCUCUGACCUCUGGGCCACCCAGCCACCUUGGAAAAGAGGUCUCACCUCUGGGAAAUAAUUCAUUUUGCUUCCAGAGUAGACGCGAGAUGUUGCCUGCACUAAAACUAGUUGGUAACAGGCAUGGAUGGGUGUGGCUUGGGAGGGGGGGGUUCUUAAUGCAUAUGGAGUGUUUUUAACAACCCAUCAGCUUAGGUGAAAUGCAUUGGCUUAUUUUUCUUAAAAUCCAAAUAUUGUUAUUUGCAAGAGCAACUUGUUUUAAACACGCACUAUGGAAUACCUAGAAAAGUAUAUACAGUAUUAUUUUUGUGGUGCUUGCUCACGCAGGCCCUUGCAAUUGCAUGCACUCUCUUUGCGAUGUAUUCUACCGCGUGUGUGAAAUGACUGCAUCAUACGCAAAAUAUGGGUUUACUUAUUGGAGGUAAAUGUAACGCAUGGAUUGCCAGGCUCACUACAUAGGGAACUGUUUACCUUUAAUGAAAGCAGCCUACAUUUAGUCAGGUGUAUUCUACUGGUCAAAAAUAGAACGAAGAAAGCUUCAUUUCCUUAUUAAAUGGACUAGUUGCAUGGCUUUUAGCAUUUUAAAUGACAUGAAAUAGAGGCUAAUCAUUUAAGUACCAUCGUGCCUCAAGAUGGAAAGCAGGUUUGUUUAGCUCGGCAAAAUGCUAUAAAAAUGUAUCAAUAGAAUUCUAUGUAAAAGUGUUGCUCAUUCAUUUUCUUCAGGAAAGUAUAAAUCAUUUUUUUGCAAUAAAAAUGUACGUGAAUGGAGUAAUGUAUAUAUUGUAGUAGUGUAUUGUGUUUAAACUACAUUUGUCCAAGGAUGCUUUGUCUCGAUUUGUUUGUGAUAUUUUGUCAGACCUUAACUUGAACUUGAUGGCCCUACCACGAGUAACACAUUUUAUUGGCAAAGUAAAUGUGUUGCUCGUAGCCAUUAUGUCAGGAAAUUGUGCGCUCUAAACUUUAAGCAACAUUACUUUUGCAUGACCAUGACGUGAACUAUAUAUUUGUAAACGUUCACAACUAUGUUGGGCUUAAAGACUACGUGUGUUAAUCGCGGAUUGUCAUUUGGAAACUGCUCAAAUGCUUUGCUUGGCAUUCCGGAGUGAUUAGCACCUUGAAGCAAACCGUGUACCGUAAAAAAAAAAUUGCUUAAUUUUAUUUUAUUAUUGCUUAUGGUGUUAUGUUGUCUUGUGGAAGAUAGUUUUGGAAAAU